AUGCAAACGUUACCUCAAGGGAAAUGCAAUGAUGGUUUUACUGGAGAAAGAUGUUCUGAAAUAUGUGAAAGAAGAUGUCUGACAUGCUCAAAAGAAAACGGCGACACAUGCAUGCAGUGUAAAGGUGCCUUUUACACAACUGAUUGCAGUUUAGCAUGCAAACCGUCAUGCAAAGUAGAAGAUGGAAAAAUAACAUGUAGACUCACAGACGGUUACUGUUUGAAUGGGUGUGCUCAAACAUUUUGGGGUGACCAUUGUAAUCAGUCUUGUUCUAAUGGAUGUAUUAAUCUGGCAUGUGAUAGAACCACUGGUAAAUGUGUUGAAGGAUGCAAAGACGGAUCUGCUAGAGAAAACUGUAUCAAUACUUCUACAGGAUAUACUGAAGCUUCAAAAGCUUUCCUUUCAACUACAACAUCGCCCACACAACUUCAUCAACUUAACCAACUUGAUAAUAAGAGUAACAACUUUAUUAUUGGGUUGUUUUGCGGCAUUGGGAUUUCUGUGGUCAUCGUUGUAUUGAUUUUAAUGCUAUUUCUUAUUAGACGAAGAUACCUGGAGAAAAAACAAUCUCAAAAUGAUAAUAACAAUGCAAAUAUUUGCACAAAUUAUCACACAACAACUGGCUUUGAAGCUGUCGGAAGAGAACAAGCUAAUGAUGCUAGUAACUACGAGAGUCUUAGUGAUCAAAGGGAUGCAGAUACUGUUUACAGUG